CUUGACAACGCAGUCUGAUUUCAUUAGGCAGGACUUUAGCUGCCUCACGAGAGGAUCGCAAACGCCGGCAUGUGGUGGUGUCUGAUCUAGUUGGACCGAAGCUGAUAUUUCUUCUGGCAUGAUGCUGCCCGCGAGCUUGGAAAGGCGGGGAAGCGAAACUCUUGACGCUGUGAAAAAACGAUCUCAGCCUCUACUAAAGUAGAUACUCGCAGCACUUCGACGCGAACAAAAUGGAUUUUUUCAGUGAUAUUGGAGGGGGAAGUCUGUACAAGCCCUCUCUAUUCGAGCUUGUAGCCCAGGAGCAACUUAGGGAUAUGCUUCAACCGGCGCUCAAGUAUGUUCUCUCGGUGUUUGCUCAGCGAUACCCGAGAUACCUCCUCCGAGUCGUUAAUUGUCAUGAGGAGUUCCAUGCCUUGAUCAUGUUUUUUGUGGAGAGGCACUAUUUGAGAGAAUAUGGCGCUUCCUUCUCCGAACACUUCUAUGGGCUGAAACGGCGCCGGAAACCGAUUGUCGAGACAGAGCGAGCGAACACAGCUGUUGGCGGUAUUCCUGCACAGGAAAAACUGCGCCGGAUUGACGUCCUGAGCUCCUUAUUCUUUCUCGUGGGCAUUCCUUACCUCCGCGCGAAGGCGCAAGAUUAUUACGAACAACUCGGUGGGGGAGUAGACCCAGAACUGAUGGAAGAGCCACCAGCCGCGAGAAGGCUGAGAGUUUCCGAACAGACCCUAGGUAAUCGCUUACGAAGACUGUUCAAGGCUGUGUAUCCUUGGGCAAAUGGCGCAUAUGAACUUUGGUUACUCGGGUAUAAUGUUGCGUACUUGUUUGACAAAACAACGUUUUACCGACCAUGGCUCUCGUGGAUUGGAGUUGAUAUGAAGCGCAUGGGUGCCGAUGAUUAUCAAUUGAUGGAAGGAAAAGCGACUCAAGCGUUACAGGGACAGUCUUCGUCACAAAAGAAGAGAGGCCUUUUGGCUUUCAUUGGGCGGCUACUUAUCAGCUCCCCACAACUGCUCCUUGAUUCGUUGAAGGUUCUUUUGCCGAUGUCGAUCUUCUUUGUAAAAUUUCUCGAAUGGUGGUACUCUCCAUCGUCUCCCGCCAGAUCGUUGGCUGCAGCACCGACGGGCCCCCCCAUUCCCCCACCUCGAAUGCUCCCUCCGCACCCCCGUGGGAUUCCCAUUGAUGGGACUAAGUAUGGAGAAUGCCCUUUAUGUCGUAAGAUGCUCGAAAAUGCCACUGCACUGCCAAGUGGGUAUGUAUUUUGUUAUAAAUGUGCUCAUGAGCAUGUGGAGACGCACGGCCGCUGUCCUGUAACGCUUCUUCCAGCACGGAUAUGGCAACUGCGAAAAGUGCUCAUCUAAAAGAGGGAUCAUACAAUUGUUUGCUUUAUGUGUACAUAUGAAUUAGUCAAUUAUCGUUAUCUUUUUAUCUCUAUUGACGAUG